AUGCACAAAGCACCGAAGUCCAUUCAAAACACGUAUCAACGUGGUAUGACAUGGUCCGAGCGAAAGUUACAACGUGCACCCGAUUUCAUUAAACAUCGAACUGAUCCUCAACGAUUGCUUGUGAGUGGUGCCGAAAGUUUUGUCAUUCGUAAACUUCUCACUCCGAUCACUGUGCCCGGAAAGAUCUAUUUGGCUGUGCUCAUCUCCGGUUUCUUCCAGUACUAG